AUGAAGCACCUAGCAAUUCUCUUCGCUCUUGUGGCUUUUUCUGAAUGUUUUGUUCAGGUUUCCAUCCGGAAAGGAGAGAAACUUAGAGACAUUCUUAGAAGGAAUAAUUUGCUGGAAAAACUUCUACAGGAACAUCAUUAUGACAUUGCUACUAAGUACACCAAACAUUUUCCAGUUGUUUUCAGUCCUGAUCAGCUAGCUGAUGAACCACUCUUGAACUAUUUAGAUUCCCAGUACUAUGGAACAAUCUACAUUGGAACACCACCACAGGAAUUCACUGUUGUGUUUGACACUGGAUCAUCAAAUCUCUGGGUACCAUCUGUUUUCUGCAAAAGUCAAGCAUGUAGUAAACAUCAACAAUUUAACCCAAGCCUUUCUUCUACUUUCAAGAGCACACAACAGUCUAUGUCCAUUGCCUAUGGCACAGGAAACAUGGAAGGCAUACUAGGAUAUGACACAGUGAAGGUGUCCAGCUACAUUGAUACCAAUCAACCUUUUGGUCUGAGCACUGUAGAGCCAGGAACCAUUUUUACGUAUGCACAGUUUGAUGGAAUCCUGGGCUUAGCCUACCCCACAAUUGCAGUUGACCAAGCAACUCCUGUCUUUGAUAAUUUGAUGCAAGAAGGUUUAGUGCAACAAAACUUGUUUUCUGUUUAUCUCAGCCGAAAAGCAUCUGGGAGUGUGAUCACCUUUGGUGGAAUAGAUCAUUCUCAUUAUACUGGUUCUAUUAACUGGAUACCAGUGAGUCAACAAACAUACUGGCAGAUUUCAAUGGACAGUGUUUUAGUGAAUGGUGAGACGAUUGCCUGCAACGGUGGCUGUCAAGCAAUUGUUGACACAGGUACCUCCCUCUUGGCUGGUCCACCAUCCUCCAUAAAUAGUAUUCUAAAUGCUAUUGGAGCUAAUCAGGGGCAGUCUGUAAUCAACUGCAGCAAUCUCUCCAACCUGCCUGAUGUUGUUUUUGUGAUCAAUGGAAUCAACUAUCCACUGAAGCCUUCAGCUUAUACUCAACAGAUGCUACCAGGCUAUUGCAGCAGUGGUUUCCAGUCCUCUCCUGGGGAUCUCUGGAUUCUAGGGGAUGUGUUCAUAAGAGAAUACUACAGCAUUUUUGACAGAGGCAACAAUCGAGUUGGGCUGGCAAAGGCAAUCUAG